AUGACGAUGCCCGACACGACCAGGAUUUCAAAUUAUUCAAAUUAUAUCGCUCUCCCGACCCUCGUCAAUAUCUUCGCCCUCGCCAUCUUCGCUACCGCCUUCUGCAUGCUCCUCCGACGCAUUUCUCGUCUGUCUCAUCCAAAAGCGCCCCGACCAUAUCAUAACCCCGCUCCCGUUACGCGGAUGAGACUCGCCCAGAUGUCCUCCCAUAUUACAAAUGGCCAUACCACUGGCUCAUACACCAACGGCGAGUCUGAUGCCACGGCUGCGCUGGCAGAUAUACCCAAAUCAAACACUUUCACCUCGAAACUCCCUCCAGACCCGCAAUAUCCCACGCCGAUCGACUCUCACAAAGCCCCUCGACAGAAACUGGGUCCUCGUAUGGUGCGAGGGGCGCUAUACACGUUUGUCAGACCUGAGCCGACCGAAGAUCCCGAACUCCUGGCAGUCAGCAAAGCCGCACUUCGCGAUAUUGGUCUCGUCGAAAGCGAAGCAUCAUCUGAAGCAUUCAAACAGGUCGUCGCAGGCAAUAAGUUUUAUUGGGAUGAAGAGAAGGGCGGUGUAUAUCCCUGGGCGCAGUGCUACGGCGGCUUCCAGUUCGGCUCUUGGGCGGGGCAACUAGGUGAUGGCCGGGCUAUUUCCCUAUUUGAGACAACAAAUCCAAAGACCCAGGUCCGCUAUGAGCUACAACUGAAGGGUGCAGGCAAAACACCCUACUCGCGCUUUGCCGACGGCAAGGCCGUUUUGAGAUCGAGUAUCAGAGAGUUUGUUGUGUCGGAAUAUCUCAAUGCGAUUGGCAUACCUACCACUAGAGCUCUAUCAUUGACGUUGUGUCCCAAGUCCGAGGUCGUCAGAGAACGUCUUGAACCUGGCGCGAUUGUCUGCCGCUUUGCUCAAACGUGGCUGAGACUAGGCACAUUUGAUCUCAUGCGAUCAAGAGGUGACCGGGAUUUGAUCCGCAAGACUGCGACCUACAUUGCUGAAGAUGUCUUUGGCGGGUGGGACAAGCUGCCAGCUGCCUUGCCAGCUGACACUGCGGACUCUUAUCUCAAUCCGGCAAGAGGCGUUCCCAAAGACGAACUCCAAGGCAAAGAAGGCGCCGAAGAGAAUCGUUUUACCAGAGUUUAUCGCGAAAUCGUACGAAGAAAUGCCAGGCUUGUGGGCAUGAUGCAGGCAUAUGGAUUCAUGAAUGGGGUGCUGAAUACUGACAACACUUCAAUUUAUGGUCUAUCGCUCGAUUAUGGGCCAUUUGCCUUUAUGGACAACUUUGAUCCUGCUUACACACCCAACCAUGAUGACCAUAUGCUGAGAUACAGCUACCGCGCACAACCGAGCAUUUUCUGGUGGAACCUUGUUCGUCUCGGCGAAGCCCUCGGUGAAUUGAUUGGCGCUGGGGAUAAAGUUGACGACGAAACAUUUAUUGAAAAGGGUGUGCAUGAAGAUUUCGCACCCAUCCUAAUCAAGCGCGCCGAGACCAUAAUUGACCAGAUCUCGGACGAGUAUAAGGCGGUCUUCCUGAGCGAGUAUCGCCGUCUGAUGACGGUGCGACUAGGUUUGAAAACUCAAAAGGAGAGUGAUUUUGAGAAGCUGUUCUCAGAACUGCUCGAUACAAUGGAAGCAUUGGAACUUGACUUCAACCACUUUUUCCGCCGCCUGUCCUCGGUGAAAAUGGACGACGUCAGCACGAAAGAAAAACGCGAAAGGACGGCCGAGAGAUUCUUUCACCGAGAGGGCGUCACUGGUCUAAAUGAAUCAGUCGAAUCUGGGCGCGAAAAGGUCGGACGAUGGCUCGACUCCUGGCGCGAGCGAGUGGUUGAGGAUUGGGAUAUCACUGACGAGCCUACGGCUUCCGCAGCAGAUGAUCAGCGAGAGAAGCUCAUGAAGAGCGUCAAUCCCAACUUCGUGCCUAGAGGGUGGUUGCUGGAUGACAUUAUCGAUCGAGUGCAGAACAAGAAAGAAAGGGAUAUCCUGAAGGGAGUUAUGGAAAUGACACUGGCUCCGUUCGAGGAUGGGUGGAGCUGGAAUGAGGAGAUCGAGAAGAAAUAUUGUGGUGAUGUGCCUCGAUUUCAGAGGGCCAUCCAGUGUAGUUGUUCGUCAUAA